AUGGGGGGUAUAGGAGGGAAAGGCAAAGGCGCCCGGCGGCGCGAGAAGCUGAAAGACAAUGCGAAGUCGUUCGAUAAGAAGACGGGGACGUUCCGGGAGCCGAAGCUCGAGCUCGUGGACGGGAAGGUUUCAAAACAGGAUAUGUUGAAGGCGCCGUCGUCGUUUCGGAGGUUCAUGGAAGCCACGCGAAGGGCGAAGGAACAGGCGGCGAGGCGCGAGAGGCAGUACAACAAAUCUCAAGGCCUCGACGUUUCGGACGACGAAGUCGACGACCCUCUCGUGAACGCCCCGGACGUGGGAACGGGCGCGAAAGCGAAGAGCAAAAACGACGCGGAAAACGAGUCGGACAAAGACACGGGCGACGACGACGCCCUCACGUGGCUCCGCCCGGACGUGGGAGGGGAAGAAGAGCCCGACGAGCUCGACGCCGCGGCGGAGCUGAGGAAGAAACGGAAAAAGCGCGCGGGCGACGAAGAUGGCGCGAACGUCAAGAAGAAGUACCAGUCCCUGAGGGAACGCAAAUCCGCGGCGAGGAAAGCGAUGAAGGCGAUGAAGGACGAGGACGAGUCGUUUAUCUUCGGCAAGACCUCCGAGGCGCGCGUGGAAAAGUCACGCGGCGGCGACGUUUCGUUCGGGGAAGUCGCGGACGCGCCGCCGACGAUCACGUUGAAAAGGAAGAGCGGCGGGAAGGGCGCGAAGCCGGUGCCGGUAGCGGAGUCUGGGCACAAAAUAGCGGGAUCGAAAGGCGCGGGGAACCGUCAGGCGCAGAUCUUCCAGUCGCUCAUGCGUAAGAGCGCGAAGGACGGCGGCGGGCAAAAGGCGCCGCCUGGGGUUGGUUUACGACGCGUCGCCGAGAUGACAGCGCUACGGGAGCAGGUCAUCUCCGGGUACCGGCAGAUGAAGGGGAGGCCGAGUAAUAACGGUCGGUCCGCGUCGUUAGCGACGGACCCUAGCAGACUGUUUUCAGCGGUAGGGGGCGCGACGAUCCGAAGGGACGCGGGCAAGUAG